AUGGCUUUGGACCUUUCAAGUGUAAACGAUGCUUCAUUCGAAGAUCCUGGCUCACAUACAGUAUACAAUUGUGUUUUUCUGUGCGCAGAUCUUAUUUCUUUACCUGGUACCAAUGAUAUCCUGUUCUAUAUAUCUGAAGUAGGUCAUCUGAUUUUAGCCAACUUCUUUGUUGAAAAUUCCAAUGGAAGUUAUAUUCUUAAAAAACUUCCAUCCAUUAAAUCCCCACAAGAUACAUCGGAUAUACCGACUAAUUUAUGCUUAGAUAAAAGUUUUACAAGUCAAGAAGAGUGUUUACCGCCAGUUUCAGCAAAUGGUUGUUCUAAUUUGCUUGAUUUAAAUGCACCUCCUAAUUUUGGGCAUACUGAUUUGGAUGCACAACCUUCUGCUCUAGAUUGUACAAGUGUUUAUCAUGCUGAAACCUUUGCAUAUCAGAACGCGCUUAACAUACCAUUUCCGUCGUCAUCUACAUCAUUGAUUAAACCAUGUUCAGAACAUCCAGUCGAUGCUACUGUCACUCGUUCACAUUGUGAUGAAAGCACUGCAACUAACCUCAAUAAAAAGGAGCUCGGUAGUCCACCAUCAUCUAAGACGAGGUCAAAUGUUUUAGGACAAAUUGUUUCUGAACUUAUGCACAAAAUGAAGAGUCGGAUGAAUACCUCUGGAGAUCAAGAAAUUGUCGUUCAGGGGCAUAAUUUAUCUGAACUGGAGCGCUUUGUGAAACACUUGCGACAGUUUCGAUUAAGUUCAGGUCUAUCACAAGUGCAGUUGAGUACCGAACUGGCAAAACACUAUAACAACCGUGCUAUGUUCAGCCAGACACUUUUAUCGAGAUUUGAGAAGCUUAGGAUUACUGUUAGAUCAGCUUAUAGACUUUUACCGUAUCUAAAGCGUUGGGUGUCUCAUGCUGAACAAAAACGAUGCAGUAGCAUCGCUUUGGAGAAGUUGUCUGUCUUUCAGCACUCUGUUCCUGUGCGUGCUGUAGGCAAUGCUCGGGCUAAGACAUUGGCUCGUUUAGGACAGUGUCGUGAUGAUGCAUCUUCAACUGCGUCUGUUUUGGCCCUCGUGACGAAACAAGCUAAAAACAAUGAGAGUAUUAACAACAGUCUUUCAAUUUCUGAGAGUUUAGACUCAGAUAUUUCUGAAUCAGGAUGUAAACUGGCAGAUCCAAAGCAGAAACGAAGGCGUCGUCGGCGUACUUAUUUUUCAACAGAAGCCUUGUCUGUAUUAACUGAGUUUUAUGCUAGGAAUCCUCGACCUAAAGGAUCUGAUUUCAGCGCAUUAGCAUCACGUAUUGGUUGUGAUAGGGAGUCUGUUCGUGUGUGGUUUUGUAACAGACGUCAGUUGGAUCAAGAAUGCUCUAAGAAGACGUAA